UCCUGCCGGGGAAGUUGGCUACUUGGCUUCUGAGCGGCUGUGCAUCAGAAAGGCAGGGCAGGAGUCACGUAAAGGACUAAAAAGAAGGCUACCGUAAGUGUCUGGAAUAUCAUUAAUCAGCAUGUCUUCCCAGUCAUCUUACAGAAAAAUGUUCGGUGGGGAGAGACCUGUCGGCAGGACCAGCUACUCCAGCAGCCGUCAGUACUCAGCCCCGAUGCGCAGCAACCGAGUGUCUUUCGGCGUCUCGUCGGCCCCGGCCAUCUACGCCACAAAAACCUCGCGCGUCCGCUCCAGCGCACCUAUGCCGCGGCUAGCCUCCGAAAGUUUGGAUUUUUCACUCUCCGACGCCAUCAACACCGAGUUCAAGACCAACCGCACCAACGAGAAGGCGCAGAUGCAAUCCCUGAACGACCGUUUCGCAAGUUACAUAGAGAAAGUGCGCUCACUCGAGCAACAGAACAAGAUUCUGAACGGGGAAUUGGAACAGCUGCGUGGUAAAGGCACCUCGCGCAUAGGUGACCUGUACGAAGAGGAGAUGCGCGAGCUGCGACGGCAAGUGGACCAGCUGACCACGGAGAAAGCCCGUGUGGAAGUCAGCCGUGAUAACAUGGCCGAAGACAUCGAAAGGCUCAAAUCAAAGCUCCAGGAUGAGAUGCUACAGCGAGAAGACGCAGAGAGUAGCAUGCACAGUUUCAGACAGGAUGUGGACAACGCAGCGCUGUGCCGGCUGGACCUGGAGCGCAAGGUGGACUCUCUACAGGAGGAGAUCGCCUUCCUCAAGAAGCUCCAUGAUGAGGAGAUGGCCGAGCUGCAGAGCCAGAUCCAGGAGCAGAAUGUUCCGGUGGACAUGGACGUGGUGAAGCCGGACCUCACGGCAGCACUGCGAGACGUCCGCCAGCAGUACGAGACCCUGGCCACCAAGAACAUACAGGAGUCCGAGGACUGGUACAAGUCCAAGUUUGCUGACCUGACGGAGGCCGCCGCCAGGAAUAACGAGGCCCUGCGUCAGGCUAAGCAGGAGUCUAACGAGUACCGCCGCCAGGUGCAGGCCCUCACCUGUGAGGUGGAGUCACUCAAGGGCACCAACGAGUCUCUGGAGCGCCAGAUGCGUGAGAUGGAGGAGAACUUCUCCAUGGAGGCGGGCGGUAACCAGGAGACUAUCGCGCGGCUGGAGGACGACAUCCGCUGCAUGAAGGACGAGAUGGCGCGCCACCUGCGCGAGUACCAGGAUCUCCUCAACGUCAAGAUGGCCCUGGACAUCGAGAUCGCCACCUACAGGAAGCUACUGGAAGGAGAGGAGAGCAGAAUUACUACCCCGAUGCCAAACUUCUCUACCCUUAACAUAAGAGAAUCCAUGGUGGAGUCCAAACCACUAGAGAUGGUUUCUUCAGGAGCAGGAGGCCCCAAGAAGGUGCUCAUCAAGACCAUCGAGACAAGAGAUGGACAGGUCAUCAACGAGUCAACUCACAACCACAGUGACUUGGACUGAGAGGCCUCUGAUGGACGGCAUGCUGAACGCAGAUACAUAAUUACAUGCACGCUUGCAAAGCAAUGGCAGCCAGACAGAGAAACGGAUUUCCUUUUUUGAGCUGUAGAAGCUAUGAGCUCCACUUGCUGCUAAGCUCUGCCCAUCAAACACAGCGCAGCACAGAGACAGAGAGUGCAUCAAUAUAGCAAUGUGACUUAGGUUGUUUUUACACCUGGUCCCUGUCAGCCAUUUAAGCAAACUCAGACCUGUAACUCAGCACCCAGACCCCCGUCAGAAGUGAACCGUACUUAGACCUGUAUUGACGUGGUCUCAGUACAGUUCGCUUAUGAUUCCUGACAAGUUACACUUGUGACUUGGUGUAAUGACCUCAAUAGAGCUGUAGAGGACCAGGUGUGAUCAUAAGAAGACUGACACACCAUAAAAGUCUAACUGGACCAGAAAGAGCAGCCGGUUCUUUUUGCAAUACACUCACAAUAUGAACAAAAACGGGACUGAAUCCUUUUGCUGUCGGACUGAGUUUGGUUCACUUAAAGGGGACUAGGUGUGAAAAUGCCCCGAAUCAGAAACCUGAGCAAUAGAAGAACCUGUUUUUAAAGAAGUGCCUUUCGGCUGAUGGAGCAGAGUUAAGUAAGCCAAGCCAAGUCGAGUCGGAUUGAAGUGUUUAACAUGUGUUUGUAUGUGCAAGUUCAAAGUUCAAGGAUGGUGUUUAAACUAUCGAAAAGAAAAAGGUCUACCAAAUGCUGGUUUAAAUUUAUUAAUUUAUUGUCAGAGUGAUCAACGUGUGUCACCUGUGUGCAUCAUCAGAAAUGCACUGAUCACUCUGAUAAUAAAUGAACUGUCAAGUAAGUGUGGGGUAAACUUUUUUCUUUUGACGUGUUUGUACAAGUAUGUUUGUAAGAGAGAGGCAGAGGGAGACAGUGAGAGUCCUAUGCUUCUAGGACCAGCACAGUUAUACUGACAUAAUGCUUUUGCUAUGAGUCUUAGUUGGCGCAAAUAAAAAGAAGACUUUUCUGUACUACUGAACUAUGGAAAUAAAAUUGCUAUUUCCCUCUUUCACUUGAUGUCAUUUGUUUUCUAGCUUUUU